AUGGAUCUCGAACGGAAUGGGGUGCAGAACGAGAUCGAGAUUGGGCAGAGCGGCGGUCUCAUCCCGCAUUUGCCUCUGCACACGAAGAAAAUGGGCUCUACGAUUCGUCCGCUCGCUCCAGAGCGUCGGAAAGAGCCGGAUGGGAUGAAGACGAUGGCCUCGGUCAUGAUUCGAGCAGAGGUACCAGAAUGCAGUCCCUCCUUGCCACUGUCGACGAUCUCGGUAGAGCGAUGGAGAAUCUUGUGGUCUCCGUUGUCUAUGACAGCGACCAAGAGCAAUAACGUCCCUCACUCUCGUCUCUACUAUUCCAUUGUUAUUGUCAUGUUAAACUAG